GGUGCCCAGCCCAGCUCUCUACGUGCUCAUGGUGACCUGGAGUCUGUUGUAGGUGACACAUUCAGGCCUGGGCUUCUCCACUGACCUCUGGUGGUGGCACCUUGUGUUGCCCCGGAUUGGCUGCUGGUUGGACUCCAUGUCCCCGGCAGUCACCAUUUCCAUGCAGUUCUAGCUCUAGCACCCGACUUUCCAGUCUAAGAACCUGUGGACAUCAAGGAUGAGCAGGCUAUUUGCUGGAUCACCUGCAGCACUCGCAGGUAUUCAUGCAGGAGCAUAUACACAGGGCCGGGUAAAAGCCCACAAACACAAAGUGCAUGUUUAUAACCAGGCACCUAAACCCCUUAAUGGUGUGUGUCCUGGGUGCGCACUCUGUUCCUGGAUGCGCCCAGGCUGACACACUUAGUUUGCUUGGCUACUCACUUCCCUCUUCAGCUCGAAGACUUCAGCUUCAUGCUGUUCACGAAGGCGGUGGGUUGCAAUCUGAAGGUCAACUAGCUCCUUGGAAAUCUGUGGGUAACCAGGGUGAGAGAUGCUGCCAGUGGCUUUGUGGGCUCUCUGUUCCUACAGAACCCCACAGCCCCACAUUUACCUGCAACCGCUGCUUCUCACUGGGCUCUGGAUCUGUCUGAUACUCUCCCUCCAGGCCUGUAGCCCAGGUGGGCUGUCCAGAAACUCUUGGUAGCCAAUCCUCAGUUCCUGGAACAACCUGGGAAGGCACCCCCCCCCCCACAUUUAGGUGGAUCUCCAGCCCGGGCUGUGGACCCCACUCUUAUAGAGGCAUUACGUUCCUCUUGAACAAGGUCAGUUCCUUCCCUGGGCAGGAACAGACACAAGAUCCAGGGACUUGUUCCCUUCUGGUCUGUGAAGGAAAGGAAGGACCCCAAGGCAACAUCCGUGUCCUGGAAAGACUCACAUUCUCUGUGACUUGAAGUGGGACACCUGGCCUGGGGCUUGGGGCUGCCACAUACUCCAUAGUGGAGAGAAAUCCUGGCUAGGGAUCUGUCUGAUCGUGGCCUGCUUCCCGGCUGUUGCUGUGAGUGUUGCCAAGGCCUCUGUUGAUCUUAGAGAUUACCCAUCCUGCCUACAAGGAAGGGCAAGGCCGUUCAGUGCUCAUGAAGAGGGGAGUGCUCAACUCCUUGCACAUUUCACUCUUUCAUGGGCCCCAUGCCAUCUGGGAAAUAUAGAAAGGCAACCAGUUUAUUUCAGGCCAGUUGGAUCCAGAAGUGCAAGACGACGCCAAACCUGUACUGCAAUUGUAGGCACUAUUUGUCUUUAUGUGGGAAAUUCUGGCCUCCUGCAGGGAUUUGUAACUAGAGUCUUACCUAUCUUCUUGUGUCAGCCGAACUCACACCAGCAGGUGAACAAACUGGACACACCCUUCUGUCGGAGAGAAGCGGGCAUAAUCAGGGGCAGUGGACCGCACGAACUAGCUCAACAUGGGCAUCAGGAAGGAUAAGUUGGAAGAGGUGCCCUUUCUUGAUGCUGGGUUGGAGCACGCUCACCAUCCCACACUGUGCUCUAUUGGUGCCUGUUCCCUUUUGCGCAUGCGCAAUUCCUGCAGUCGUUUGUCAGGUCUCAGCGCUCAGGGUCACGCCCGGAGAGAGGGGGAGUGUGGUGGGCAGAGGCCACGACCUGUCAGGGACGCUAGACUGGCGGCUUACGUUGUGUGUGUGGCUGACCCACCUCGUACAGCUCAGGAGAAGGGAUUCACUAGGCUGUGUUGCCUCUUCUGGAGAAGGUGUGGACUGGCUGAGGUCUGCGACCAUGAAGGUCAAAGUCAUCCCGGUACUUGAAGACAACUACAUGUACCUGAUCAUUGAGGAGCACACACGGGAGGCAGUGGCUGUGGAUGUGGCUGUGCCCAAGAGGCUGCUGGAGGUUGCCAGCCGAGAGGGGGUGUCUCUGACCACGGUGCUGACCACCCAUCACCACUGGGACCACACACGUGGAAAUGCAGAGCUGGUGCACCUGCAGCCAGGACUGGCGGUCAUGGGAGCAGAUGAGCGCAUCUGUGCACUAACCCGCAGGCUGGCACAUGGGGAGGAGCUUCAGUUUGGGGCCAUCCACGUGCGGUGCCUCUUGACGCCGGGUCACACCUCUGGCCACAUGUGCUACUUCCUGUGGGAGGAUGAAUGCCCGGACCCACCAGCCCUCUUUUCUGGGGAUGCUCUGUCAGUGGCAGGCUGUGGCUGGCAUCUGGAGGACACUGCCCAGCAGAUGUACCAGAGCUUGGCCAAGACUCUGGGCACCUUACCACCCCAGACGAAGGUAUUCUGUGGUCAUGAGCAUACACUGAGCAAUCUUGAGUUUGCGCAGAAGGUGGAGCCCUGCAACAACCAUGUGCGAGCCAAGCUGUCCUGGGCCCAGAAGAGGGACGAUGAUGACAUACCUACCGUGCCUUCGACACUAGGCGAGGAACUCUUGUACAACCCUUUCCUGAGGGUGACAGAGGAUCCAGUUCGUGAGUUCACAGGCCAGGUGGCACCAGCCCAGGUCCUGGAGGUGCUCUGCAGGGAGCGAGCACGCUUCCAGCUCGCUCUGGAGCCACCACAGCCUCAGGCUGACUGGAACCCUGGCCUCCAGAACAUUCCUCUCAGGCCCUGCCACUCUGCUCUGAAGAACCAACAAAUGGUGCUUUCCUUCUCUCUACUGCUCAUGGGGUCACACAAGUGAAUCUCUGAAGGGGCUGUUGUGGGCCCCGAGACAUACAUGUCCUGGGAACUGACAAGGGUGAAUAAAACUUGGCAAGGCCCAGUGUGGUGCCAGACA